GCUGUGCCUGGCGAACAAGCCACUCCGAUGUUGUAAUUGGGAGGGGCAGGGGCGAAGGGACUCUUCAACAUCCCAUUGAGCAGCUCAGCUCUGCACCUCAACCGGAGUGAAGGGGGACGGGGAUGUGUUUGAAAUGCUCCCUGCGGCGGCUUAACAAUCAUUUAUAACAACCAUUGUGGACCUGGGGAGAACCUUCACUUGAACCUACAAAGCAGAAAGGCUGCAGUCAGUCUCCGAGACCGCCUUGUAGACCAGUCGCAGCUCCGAAUAACCCCCCCCCCCGCCGUGUCCCCCUCUCUCUCUCUCUUUCUCUCUCCGGCUGCCUGUCUAAAUUUUGGGCGAAGCGAGCGCGCGUUUGAUUACAUCGGAAGAAAUUAGCAGAAGGAACCAGAAGUUGUCACUCCCUGAAUCCCUCUGUCUUAACUACAGAAGUCACGACUUUGUUUGGGGAGGUGGAACUUUCCUGGGUAGAAUGGUGCUCCAUAACACCCCAGCCUGAAGAUAACACCAGAGAGCCGGUACUCGAGUCUUGAUGUGGAAUUUGAACGUAGAAUCCUCUGGCCCAGAGGAUGUCCCAGAAAGCCAGUGAGUGGUGCUUCUACCGAGGCUGGAGAUUCUGGAAUUUUCUCUGCCAUUUGGCUGUUUUCGCAACCUGUCUAGAUCCCACAGCAGUGUUGGGCUGCUCAGAAUGCACAGAAACUCUAACCGAUCCCUCUGGACAGUUCACAUCCCCUUGCUUCCCCAGAGAGUAUGUUUCUAAUUUAAAUUGUCUCUGGACCAUCCAAGCCCCUUCUGGAUUUAUCAUACAGUUGACCUUUCACGAGUUCGAGUUAGAGGAAGCCCAAAGAUGUCUGUACGACGUUGUUUCAAUAAACACUGGGGCCGAGUUCAUAGAAUUUUGUGGUGUCACAGCUAAGGGCCUCACGUUGAACUCGACGGGGAGUAAAAUGAUUGUCACGUUCAAGACUGACUUUAGCAUCCAAAAGAAGGGCUUCAGAGCCACCUACAUACAAGUGGCAGCCUCGCUGCGGAAUCAGAAGGUGGUGUUGACCUCUAAAAGCCAGGCUGUUUCUGUCUCCCCUUCGGUCCCCAUCCCAGAGCUGCAGCAGUUCACGGUGUGCCUGGAGGCCAAGUCAACCACCGUGAAGGACAGAUGGACCUUGUUCUCCUACUCGGACAGCAGUGAUACAACGCUGCUCAGUUUCACAAGAAACAAAAAUGACAUCAGUCUGUCGAUUUCUGAUGUGGUGUGUGACGUGGCUGAUUUCUGGGAGGACAACUUUUCGAAAGAGGUGAUCACGGAUACUUGGCGCCGAUUGUGCAUCGCCUGGGAUGGGAGCUCUGGCAGUGUCAUCACCCAGACCCAAGAUAAAACCCGGCGCAACUCCUGCAGAGCAUCCAAGAACAAGGUCAUUGCGGCCAGUGGCAUCCUCACACUGGCACCGAGAGUGGCUUCAGCCAGCAAAACCUACACUGGUGAGCUCUACAACUUCCGCUUCUGGAACUUCAGCAUGUCCAAGGAGACACUGCUGCACCUAACUUGUGAUGAAAUGGGGAAUGUCGUGGACUGGGAGAAUUCAUUCUGGGAUAUCCCUGUUGAUGUGCUGGAACCCGACAGUGAUCUGAGCUGUGCCACUACGUUACUAACCCAGACGACCACCAGACCCACCUACUGUUCUACCCCAGGUUCUGGAUGUCAAGCUACCACAUCAGCUCACUCCAGCACUAGCACCACUAACACGCAUGGCACUAACAGCCCUGAACCCUUCACUUCUGCUACCACAUCAGCUCACUCCAGCACUAGCACCACUAACACGCAUGGCACUAACAGCUCUGAGCUCUUCACUUCUGCUACCACAACAGUCCACUCUAGCACUAGCACCACUAACACGCAUGGCACUAACAGCCCUGAGCCCUUCACUUCUGCUACCACAACAGUCCACUCCAGCACUAGCACCACUAACACGCAUGGCACUAACAGCCCUGAGCCCUUCACUUCUGCUACCACAUCAGCUCACUCCAGCACUAGCACCACUAACACGCAUGGCACUAACAGCCCUGAGCUCUUCACUUCUGGCACACAUCUUCCAUUCACGGAAGUCACAAUGCAAGGAGCCAGCGAACCCACAGAGUUGAGCCUGCAAACCGCUACACUCCCCCAAAACAGCAAUUUCAAUUCCUCAAACAGUGAAGGGGGUCUUUUAUACAGGACGCAGUUCACAGUCCACGACCUGAACGGGAAUAUGAACACAGCGGAUCUGGAGCGAAGAGUGUCAGCCUGGCUCACCGAGUCCUUUCAGAACUGGAAUUACUCUGUGUACGUGGAAAGUGUCAGGAUUUAUGAGAGCAACAAUACUUCAAUGCAUCGGAUGUCCAGAUCAAUUGAAAGCACAAGCUAUGACUGCUUGGCCAUUCUGUAUUACAAUAUCACCAAAAAUAUUUACCUAGAAGAGAGGAUAGUCCAAGAGAGACUGAGAAACACAUCUUCAAUCAUCGGAAAUAACCUUUCCAUUGACUCCAUUCAGGUUCAGCCUGUAGUGAACUGCUCAAUGGAAGAAAUGCCGACUCAAUACUUUUGGAAAGAGACCAGGCCAAGGACCACCCAAACUCUGCCUUGCCUAUCAAAUCAAGGACAAUAUGCGAGCAGAAAAUGUGUUUUAAACAUGCAGAACUACACAUCUUACUGGGAGGCACCUGACUUGACAAACUGUUCUGUGGUACCGACUCCCAGCACAAACAGCAGCGACUUAGAAAACAUUCCAGUAGUAUCUGCAGACAACGCGGCCGAGGUAGCCAAUCAGCUUCUCGAUUUCACCGCGGACAAGAAUCUCACCCGGGAACAAGUGGACAAACUGGUGGAAACUCUGAAACAGAUUGUAAUCGUCUCGGAGAUCAACUCGACCUUGGCAUCGACGGUGCUGACGGUCCUGUCCAAUAUUCUUUCAAGCUCCGACACAGCGCUGGCCACCUCUUCCCAAGUAGCUUUGAGGACGGUAGACGCUUUGACUGUCAAGAUGAUCUUCACUGGGCCAUCAGUGAGUAUCACCACCCCAAACCUGGCCAUUGGAAUCUCCACUGUCGACACCAUGAAUUACACUGGGACCUCCUUCAGCGUGGGAUCUCAGAAUGGAGACUCGGAGUUGGAGGUUAAUUUUGACAGGCAUCCUGGGGGUGAAGCCCUGGCCGAAAUCAAGUUGCCCCCUGGCCUUUUCGAACAACUGACGGAUGAGGAGCUCAUUGCAGUAUCGAGGGCUCAGUUUGCUUUCUUCAGCAAAACGGGACUGUUUCAGGAUCGAGGAGGAUUUGCUCUGCAGAGUUUUGUGAUUGCAAGUAGCGUGGGAAACAUCAGCAUCAAUAACCUCUCCGAACCAGUCAAGAUCAGAAUUAAACACAGGCAGCAUGAGGAGCAGUUUAAGCCACAGUGUGCCUUCUGGGAUUUGACAUUAAACAAUGGCAGUGGUGGCUGGAAUAUUCAGGGCUGUCAUGUCGAUUCAGAGUCCUCUGUAAAUGAAACCAUUUGCCUGUGCGAUCACCUCACACACUUCGGAGUCCUGCUGGACAUCUCGGGGACUGCACAACAAAUAGAUGCCGUUAAUACAAAAAUUCUAACCUUCAUCACUCAUAUAGGAUGCGGUCUCUCCGCCAUCUUUUCAGCCACAACACUUUUAACAUACGUGGCCUUUGAGAAACUGCGACGGGAUUAUCCAUCAAAGAUCCUGAUGAACCUCAGCACUGCGCUGUUUCUUCUGAACCUCCUGUUCCUGAUUGACGGCUGGCUAGCAUCGUUCAACAUUCCCGGACUGUGUGUUGCAGUGGCAGCAUUUCUUCACUUCUUCCUGCUCUCCUCCUUCACCUGGAUGGGACUGGAGGCUGUUCACAUGUACAUAGCCUUGGUGAAGGUCUUUAACACGUACAUCAGGAAGUACAUGCUCAAAUUCUGUAUCAUUGGAUGGGGUUUACCCGCACUAGUGGUGACGAUUGUUCUCGCAAUCGACAGGAAUUUCUACGGGGUGAAACUGUACGGGGAUGAAGCAGACAGUGGAGCCUCUGAAUUCUGCUGGAUCAAUCAUCACAUCGUGUUCUAUGUCACCUGCGUGAGCUAUUUUGUGAUCGUCUUCCUGAUGAAUGUAGCCAUGUUUAUCGUGGUCUUAAUGCAGAUCUGUGGAAGGAAUGGGAAGAAGAGCAACCGCAAUCUGAGGGAGGAGAUCCUGCGGAACCUGCGAAGUGUCAUCAGCUUAACAUUCCUACUGGGGAUGACCUGGGGCUUUGCGUUCUUUGCCUGGGGUCCAGUGAAUUUGGCUUUCAUGUACCUGUUUGCAAUCUUCAACUCUUUGCAAGGCUUCUUUGUGUUUGUAUUCCACUGCGCUCUGAAAGAAAACGUGCAGAAGCAAUGGAGGCGAUAUCUUUGCUGUGGCAGAUUUCGGCUACCAGAAAAUUCAGACUGGAGCCGAACAAUCACAAACAACACCAAGAAAGUGAGCUCCGAAAACCUGGGCAAAUCGCUCUCGUCCAGUUCCAUAGGCUCGAACUCCACCAGCUGGACCAGUAAAUUCAAGUCUGGUUCCAACAUCUUUAAAAGCAACAGUAAGGGCGGCCUUUUUGCGGCCGUGGCAUCCUCGAAAUUUGACCAUCUGGAUGUCCAUCGGGAACCUGUCAUUCCUGUCCACAAGGCCCUGGGCAAGGCCACAAGUUACUACCCAACCCACUCGGACAACUUCUACAAGAACAUCAUGAUGUCCGACAAUUUCAGCCACAGCACCAAAUUCUAAUGUGCUACACGCACCAAAAGACAAAUAAAAAGCGAUGAGGAAAGUUCUGGAAAGAUGCCUUCAGGAGCUCUGCGGACAUGUGUGCCACCUGAUUAUGGAGAAUGGGUCACGACACAGGAAGGGUGGAGGGAGGACUGGAGGGGGGAGAUUGUGGUGACAAGUGAGUUGAAGUUAUUUGGGAGUGAAUUAAGGGUGGUUAUUUAAUAAAGGGUUUGGAUGGAUGACUUUAAAAAUGGCCAGGGUGCUGGACAACUGGCUUAUGGAUAUCACCUAAACUCUGGAAGUUAAACAAUGAUCUUUUACACCCUCUCUACCUGGUACUUUUUAAUGAAGCAAUUGCUACAGAUCAGCUCAGCUAUUGUUUUCCAUUCCGACACAGCUGGGUCAUGUUGUGAAUGAUACCCUGACAUUUCACCUUUGGACUCCCUCCAGGUUCGAAUGCAGCUCCAACCACACCCUUUACCCCUCCCCAACCCAGUUGUCCUGUCUAUUAGGGGCCCAUCCGAAACCAGAUUGUCAGGCCAUCUGCUGGGUUGUGGGCCCACAGUGAAACUUGCCUGCGGUUAGAUCUCAUCUUACCCUCUACCCUUGGAGAGGCUACGGGAUGGAGGAGGUUGCAGUAAUGCUCAGCAGGGAGCGCUUUCCCCAGAUUGGUGGCUGAGACACACUGUGGUGAGGUGGGUGAGGUUUGGGGGGGAGGUGUUGUUGGGGGGGGGGACACUUCACCCCAUUGCCCCCUCUUCUCUGGGAUCACUUGAUGCAGGCUCCAGAGGCCCCAAGAUAGGAAGGAACACCUCACCUUGAUGGGUACAAAGAAAUCGCCGGUAUAGGAAUAAUUAAGCUGAAGUCAAGAAUUUGCGGAAGGAAGAUAAUGAGAUAACUGUGGCCUAGUUCGUACAAUUCCCCUGAAUUUACAGCAGGAGAACCAGGCCACUUGGCCCAGCUGAUCUCUGCCAGUGUUUAUGCCCCAUAUGGGCCUCCCUGUCCUCCUACUUCAUUCAACCCAUCGACUCAAGGAAUCGUGUUACAUGUCUUAUAGCCUAAAGCGAAAUGGGAUUAGCGCUGGGGACAUAUUACAGGCAUUUCAUCAGCUAACAAGGUCUCCCCGUCACCCGGUGCAGUUGGUUUUUAUAACAUGGGUAAGGGUUCAGUUGCGAGGUGGUGCUAAGUGUGAGCUGGUUGUAAUUAUAUCAAGAGAAUUGGUGAGAGGCGACCUUUCGGGACGUGGGGAGAUGCUGUUGGUUCAUUGACGGUGUAAAGAUUUGCCUCUCCUCAGGGGUGUGGACUGACCAGAUUUAAACCUCGCUGAUCCCUGGCUUUAGCCACCAGACUCACCUGGAUGACAGCUGAAGUGCGCUAUAGAAAUAGCGUUCCAGCUAUUUCAGCAGGAGCAAGUUGGCUCGAUACAAGGCCGGGCAUGGGACCUUUAGUAGAGCCACCUGGCAUUUUCCUUCCGGUACUAGCCCCUACGCUGCACCUGACCUGUCAAAGCAGGAGGUUGCAAUCAUAAUAUCGGCUCCUCCGAUGUGAAGCACUUUCUUCAAUUGACCCCAAUUACCAGUUCAAGCAGAAAGGAACAUCUUAUUGUUAUCAUGAUCACCCCAAUUUCACUGUGACUCCAUUUCAGCUGGAGAGAUACUUUAGAUCCAUGACUAAUAUUUGCAAACGGAUUUAUAAUAAAAUGUUUACAAAUAUUCUAGUAUGUUCAUCUGUGCCUUUUCCCUUUGCAAAUGUUGAUUGUAUGUUUCCAGCAUUUUCCUCAUGUAAUGACUUGCAGUACCACCAGUGACCUGACAGCGGCAAUGACAUAUAUUCGGACUCAGCGGUGCCACCAGCGCUACCUUCAGAAAUCGCAUGGUACUGCAGUCAACAACAACAAAACUUAGCCCAUUGUGGUUGGAAAGCCAAGGUGAAAGGGCAAGGUUCACUGCUGGACAACACCACGGCUAUCCCAAAAGCAGGAGAGUAGACAAGGUCAAACAAGACCAGGUGACCACCAAGCUUCGGUCUUACAAACCUGCAGAUUUUAGCAGGGUGCAAGUGGCCUUAAAGAUAGAAACAGAAAAUGCUGGAAACACUCAGCAGGUCUGUGGAGAGAGAUACAGUUAUAGUUUUGGUCAAUGACCUUUUGUCAGGUCUUCAGGCAGAUUUUAAGAUGUUUUGAGGACCUGGGAAAGAAUGAGGAAGAUUUAAAACCUUUACACACUUGAUUUCAUUGACUUGUGUGUGUGUGCAUGCGUGUGAGUGAUUUCUGUGCAUGGGAGGGGUGGAUUGCAAAAUUAAGGGCCUCUACAAUAAAGAGGUGUCAUUUAGUGGUUCGAUUGCAUUGCCUGUGGUGUGAGACACCAUCAUCAGUUCCAACUGUUGUAAGUCUUGUAUCCACAGGGCACAAGUGAAAAGUUAUUGAAGCUAAAGGUGGGGAUACUAUUUAUUGACUGAAUUGCAAUAUUGUCUUCAGUGGUUGGACAAGGUAUAAAUCAGUGUUUGAUCUUUGUUCCAUACUUGUAAAAAUUGUUGAAUGGGGAAUAUUUAUGAGCAGAUAUUUAGGGCAGACUCUUGUGGCACAUGAUAUUAAAUAGCUGCUCCUAGCCUCUCUCUUCUCAAUAGUUUGUCAAGUGUGGGGUGGGAACAAACGCAUCCAUGAUAAUUAAUGAUUGCAGAGUUAUCAUCAACUGUUGCAAUACUGCAGCAUCAUGAGGGUCCAUGCACACCCCCUUUCAGAAAGGGACAAACAGCGUACCUUCAGUGUGUGGAUGGGUCCAUUACAACUGCCAGGUCUGGUGCACAGCAGCAAUUAAAGUGCCUCACCCUUCCCCACAAUCCUUUCCUGGUGGCAAGAAAAAACAUUUUUUGUUCCAUAUAAGAUAAUAUUUAAAAGGGAUGUUUGAAAAAGGUGAGAUUUGACCCUGCCCCCCCCCCACCCCCC